UGUAGUAGCCAAAUUAAUAAAGAAAAACGUUCACUAAAAGUUAAGAAUAAUCCAAUCAUGAAUCAGAAGAGAGAGAAAGAUAAUGAAGAAUGUUUAGAAAGAUCAAGAAAAUGUCUGUCAUAGGUAUAUCUUCCUUAGAAGGGCUUUUGGUUUGGAACAAAUUAUGGGAGCAAUUUCAUGUGAUAAGUGGUUGAAAAGUUGGUUGCGAUUUUGAUGGAAAGAGAUAGUGGGAUCUUUUGUAAUUUUUUUUAUUAAAAUCGCAUUUUCGGUGUAGUAAUAAAAAGAAAAGAAAAUGGAAGCAGAAGAUCAAAAGGGUCUAGAGAGGGUUUUUUCACAGAAAGCGUUAGCAAUGAGCAGUUCAUUUCCAUGUCAAAUUUGUGUAGUGGGUUUUCUAUGUGGGAUUUGUCUCACUUCUCUGUUUCUUGCUGGUCUUACUUCAUUUGGUCGUUUCGAAUUCGACGGGAUUCAGUUUCAUCAAAUUUCAUCUGCAAUUUUGCCUUGGAAUUCUGAUUCUCAAAUUAUCACAAGAGACAGCAGCUCUAACCCUAUGAGGGAAUUGAAUCCGAGAGAUCAUAAAUCGUGUUGUGAUGAAGAAAAGGUAUCUUUGCUAUAUUCAGCAUGGAGUACCUUACUAAAUGAAUCACACGACCCAUUGACAAGCACAAAAUCAAAUGUUCCGAAUGCCCCUCAUUUGGAGAAGUGCAAGUCAAGAGCUCAGAUGAACAAGCGGCUUGAUACACGUGUUGGUAAGGCAACAUUUCCCCCAUGGAGUCUUUGGAAAGGAUCAUUAGACAUCUACUCUAAGGGUUCAGAAGAUGAGCAGUUGAACGAUUUCAGAGAUCAGGAUAUAUCUGAAGGUGCUUAUCCUCCCUGGGUUACGGGAUCUAAUGAAGAAAAUUACCCCUUAACAAGAAAAGUGCAGCGUGAUAUAUGGCUUCAUCAGCACCCCUUGAACUGCCGUGACCCUAAUGUAAAGUUUCUUGUGGCUGAUUGGGAAAGACUCCCCGGAUUCGGUAUAGGGGCACAAAUUGCUGGAAUGUGUGGACUUCUUGCUCUUGCAAUUACUGAGAAGAGAGUGCUCGUAACAAAUUACUAUAAUCGUGCUGAUCAUGAUGGCUGCCAAGGUUCAUCUCGUGGAAGUUGGGCGUGUUAUUUCAUUCCAGAAACAUCUCAAGAAUGCCGAGAUCAUGCUUUUGAGCUCAUGCAACAAAAAGAAGCAUGGGAAAAGGAUAUCAUAAAAUCAAAAGAUAAUUACACUUCUAAAGAGAUAUGGGCAGGACGGACUCCCAGAAACUGGGGUACGCCUUGGAGUUAUUUGCAACCAACAACAGAAAUAAACGGGAGUUUUGUAGCAUUUCAUAGAAAAAUGGACCGAAGAUGGUGGCGAGCACAGGCUGUACGGUAUCUGAUGAGGUUUUCAACUGAGUACACAUGUCAUCUUAUGAAUGCUGCUCGACAUGCUGCGUUUGGAAAGGAGGCUGCAGAAAUGGUCCUCGCCAAUCAUAUGGAAGAAUGGCACAAGGAUGACACGGAAUACCCUGCAUCGGAGAUAGAAAAAUACGUAUGGUCAAAUCACAGACCCUGGAUCCCGAGACCACUCCUAAGCAUGCAUGUAAGAAUGGGAGACAAAGCUUGCGAAAUGAAGGUCGUGGAAUUCAAAGAGUACAUGCGCCUUGCUAAUAGGAUAAGAAAACAGUUCCCAGACCUAAGAGGCAUUUGGCUAUCCACUGAGAUGCAAGAAGUCGUCGACCUAACCAAGCUAUAUGCUACAUCUGGAUGGAACUUCUACUUCACGAACGUGAAAAGACAGGUCAGUAACAUAACAAUGGCAGCCUAUGAGGCGAGCCUAGGGAGAAAGACCAGCACGGAGUAUCCUUUGGUCAAUUUCUUGAUGGCUACCGAGGCUGAUUUCUUUAUCGGAGCGUUGGGUUCCACUUGGUGCUUUUUGAUAGAUGGGAUGAGAAAUACGGGAGGGAAAGUUAUGGCGGGAUAUUUGAGUGUUAAUAAGGACAGAUUUUGGUGAUGAGGAAGGAUUGACAGUUUAAGAGUUAUCAUAAAGUCCGAUCACAUUCAACUACAGUUUUGAUCCCUUAUGUAUGUGCAAAAAACAGAUAUGAGGUGAUAUGAUUUGCUGUAUGUAUAAAGAGUAGAAUGUUGUAUAUUCGAGGUUCAUAAACGUACCAUACAUUGUAUAAUUAUUUCAUGAAUAAUUAUCUCUACAAUUUACAGAGUGAGCA